ACGACACGACGCAUCGUUCUUUACAUAGCCUCGCCUCCUUCCCAAGUAGCUGUGUAAAAGCGGAGCAUAUAAUACAAACUCCUUCUCGAUUGUGGGUGGCUACUCUAUUCCCUAACAACGACGUCCAUGACAGAUAGACUGCAAGGGUAUUCAGAAUUAUUCGGGCGGUAGAGCUUCGUAUCUGAGCAGACUUUUGAGGGAAUUCAUCGAGUCGACUGGUCUUAUCUUUCCCUUGACAUCACCCGUUUGUCAUAAGUAGUACAAGAUGGUUGGAGUCCCGGGGCGGUCAAAAGGAUGCUCGACGUGCCGAUAUAGGAAGAAGGGGUGCGACCAACUACGACCCAUUUGUGGCAAUUGCAUACGCGGGGGACUCGAGUGUGGCGGAUACGAGCGUACCAUUAUUUUGGUUCAUGCCGAUGAUUCAGGAAAAGGAACCUACAAACCCGUCGUGAAGAAAGCACAGAAUCGUUCGCAGCAGCCUGGUCCGAUGUGCGGACCAGUAUUCGUGGCUCCACAGUCUAAGGGCCUGAACAGGACGUCGUUCGAGCUGCGAUUCUAUGAAAACUUCUGGGAUUUAUUUUUACCUCCAAGGUCUGGUCCGGUAGAUCCAUGCACGACUUCUUUUGUAAGCUCGGGCACUCAGUGGGCUGAUUAUACUCUUAAUUGUGUGCCCCGAAGCGAGGUGACGAGGUGCGCGUUACUUGCAUUGAGUACCUCGAAAAUAGGCAGAGACACGGAAGACAAGCUGCUCACACGGCAGGGUCUCGAGCUGUACGGCAAAGCGCUGUCGCUGUUCGCUAAGGAGCUGCAGACUCCAGGCAAGGCGAAACCGUUCGAGGUGCUAAAUUGCUGUCGCAUAUUGGCGCUAUAUGAGCAACUCAAUGAUAUUAGCGCAGCAGCAAGAAAUUGGAAAGGCCAUAUACAAGGCUUGCUGAGCCUUGUCCACCAGCAUCCCCCCGAAGCAUUCUCGCAUACUGGUGCACAUGAGAUAUUCCUCGAGUGUCGUCACAAUGGUGUGACUUCUGCUCUUGCAAACCGAAAGGCAACCUUUCUCUCUAAGCCCGAGUGGAUCAGUGGACCUUGGAAAUCGAGACACAAGGACGUCGUUGAUACCGCUUUUGAUAUUUUGGUCAAAAUUCCCGGCGUCCUGGAAGAAUGGGACCUGAUUAGCACUCGCACGUCCACUGGAGAAGCUCUUCGCAGGGCAAGGGUCUUCAGGGACCAAUGUUCUAAGGUUGAUCACGAGCUCUCUAUGUGGUACAGCAGCUUCAUAUCUGUGCUCGCACACGCGCAUCCAGUUGAAGCAGAGGCUCUUCUCAAUGGCACAGACAGACCCGCACAACAAACAAUGAUACCAGACAUCUUAGCGAAAGUCGGACUUCAUCACCUCCACGCGAUGAUGAUAUAUUGGACAACGUGCAUGAUUCUACAUGCUACUAUUGACCUUGUGGAUGAUUUUUUCCCCAUGGCUACCAGUUUCGGGAGCGAAGCGCCCAGAUUACGGGGCUUUCAAAUCAUCAAAUACCUUAUAUGCCUAGCACACAGUGCUAAGUACUUCCUUGGGUCUGAAAUGGGUUUGCUUGGGCCCCUGAUCAUAUCUUACACAGGUACCGGCUUAAUUCGCACGCUUUACGCACACCAGGCCUGCUUUCCAGAAGCUGAUCCUAAAGAUCUGGAAGAGCUGAGGCAUGUAAUGAAGUCCAUUGGGAGCUUGAGAGGGUUCAACACAUGGCAGAUGUGGAAACAUGGCAUGGAUGAGCUCAACAACGAUAAGAAAGCGAUAAUCGACCGCUAUAACCACGAUCACGUCGAUUGCAAGAAUGGGCAUUUGACCUAGGUUCCCGGUCGGGCAGAAACAGCAGUAGGCCCAAAGACUCAUAAUCUGAGGCAGUCUUGUGGCAGGAUAGAAGAUAAAAUCACUCACGUUACAAAACAAUGACUUCAUUACAGCUAACGGCUCUGGAUCAAACUGCCUGCUUUGCAACGAGGAGACUGCGAUUGACAAAGGAAGAUUGCGGAAUUUUCGCGCACUCAUAUUUAUUUAGUAGCUAUCCCAGACACUCGUGGCCGGCACAGGCACCUCUAGUCAACACAAGCUCACAUCGAUUCAGUGCAGCCCAACGCGCAUAUAUUAGCACAUCUCAGUGUUUCCCUAGCUUUGAAUCUGUGCGAGU